GCUGUCAAAAAACAGGAAGGAUGUGUGUUUUUCUUGCAUGAUUUGUAAUUUAAAAAGCACAGCCCGGUUUGCUUACGUGAUACGUGGUGUGUUUAGGUGUUAUUCUUUGACUUGUGUUCUGGGGUUUUCGUGUCCAGAGAAACAAGGCAUGCCCGCGCAGAUUACCACAAGGAAGCAGUUCAGAGGAAAAUCACACUAAUGCUGAUGAUCAGUCCCAGAAUGGCCACAGCAAUCCAGGAGAAGCAGUACGCUCCAACCCUGCUGAACUUUUUUGUUUACAACCCAAAGUUUGGACCACGGGAGGGAGAGGAAGAAAAGAAAAUACUCUUUUACCACCCAAAUGAAGUGGAAAAAAAUGAAAAAAUCCGCAAUGUCGGGCUGUGUGAAGCUAUUGUACAGUUUACUAGAACCUUCUGUCCAACGAAGCCUGCCAAGUCUCUGCACACCCAGAAGAACAGGCAGUUUUUCUUUGAACCAGAGGAGAACUUCUGGAUGGUUAUGGUGGUGCGAAACCCGAUGACUGAAAAAACCAACAGGGAGGGCAAACCUACUGUAGAAUAUCACGAAGAAGAAAUAAUCGAUACGGUGUAUGGAGCAGUACUGCAGCAGUGCUAUAAUAUGUACAAGCUCUUCAACGGCACCUUCUCAAGAGCAAUGGAGGCUGGAGGAGUGGAGCUUCUCAAACAGAAGCUUGAAACCUUCUUCUACCGGUAUCUGCAGACGCUGCACCUCCAGUCCUGUGACCUGCUGGAUGUCUUCGGGGGAAUUAGCUUUUUCCCCCUGGACAAGAUGACCUACCUGAAGAUCCAGUCAUUUGUGAAUCAAGUGGAGGAGAACCACAGCCUGAUCAAGUACACGGCCUUCCUCUACAAUGACCAGCUGAUCUGGAGUGGGCUGGAACAGGAUGACAUGCGGAUCUUGUAUAAGUACCUGACAACUUCGUUGUUCCCCAGACACCUGGAGCCAGAGCUGGCUGGAAGAGACUCCCCCAUGAGGCCAGAAAUGGCUGGAAACCUGCUGCACUACGGAAGAUUUCUGACAGGACCACCCAACUUAAAAGAUCCUGAAGCGAAAUUCAGAUUCCCCAAAAUAUUUGUUACCGCAGAGGAUGGUUACGAAGAACUCCACUUAAUCGUCUACAAGGCCAUGAGCGCGGCUGUGUGCUUCAUGAUCAGUGCGUCCGUGGAGCUCACCAGGGAGUUCUGUGAGCAGCUGGACAGCCUGGUGGGGCCGCAGCUCACUCUGCUGGCGUCCGACAUCUGCGAGCAGUACAACGUCAACCGCAGGAUAUCGGGGCCAGAAAAAGAGCCGCAGUUCAAGUUCAUCUACUUCAACCACAUGAAUCUCGCGGAGAAGAGUACCAUCCACAUGCGCAAAACAGCCAGCGUGUCCCUCACUUCCGUCCACCCCGACCUCAUGAAGAUACUGGGCGACAUUAACUGUGAUUUCUCCCGGGUUGAUGAGGAUGAAGAAAUUAUUGUCAAGGCGAUGACUGAUUAUUGGGUUGUAGGCAAGAAGUCUGACCAGAGGGAGCUAUAUGUCAUUCUGAAUCAGAAGAAUGCAAACUUAAUUGAAGUCAAUGAAGAAGUGAAGAGACUGUGCGCCACACAAUUCAAUAAUAUUUUCUUCUUGGAUUAAAAAGAGGAAGCAAGAUUGAAGCGGAUUUCUUUUUAAAACAAGACUGGUGGACUACGUUUCUACUACACUAUUUAAAAUGGUCACCUAUGCUGAGUAACUCACAGCAUAGUUUGUAAUGCAAUAAUUGCAUUGUAAAAAAACUAUUCACUUGUGUAAUUUUUCACAUCAUGCAAUUUUUAGAUUUUUAUUUAACCGGUAAAUUGGCUUUCAUUCCUGUAAUUAACUGUAAUAUCAAAAUUUUACUGUAAAUUAAAUAUUAAACUUAAAACGUGUAUAUAUAAAUAUAUAUUUGUGGCUUGUAUAGAUUGCAAUGAACUGUGUGUGAUUUUUUUAAGACCACAAUGACGUUUAUUAUAAAAUGCAGGAUCUAAACCUUGUCAUUCUUGAAUCAAGUCUUUAAUUGUCUCUCUUUCGUUGGAAUGCCAUCAUGUCAUCUAUGUCUGGUUUGUAAACAACAACCUGUACUUUCAAUAAAAUGAGAAAUUCUGCUUU